CUUUUGUUCGAAAAAUGGACAACGAUGUUCUUACUACGCUGAAGAUCUUGAUUAUUGGAGAAAGCGGCGUUGGAAAAUCCAGCUUGCCUCUAAGAUUCACUGAUGACACAUUUGAUCUUGAUAUUGGAGCCACUAUAGGUGUUGACUUCAAAGUUAAAACUUUGACUGUGGAUGGAAAUAAAGCUAAACUAGCAAUUUGGGUAAGAACUGCUCUUGGUGAACAACAAGGACACAAUUGUAAUUCAUUCAAUUUUCGAACAGGUGUUGACUUCAAAGUUAAAACUUUGACUGUGGAUGGAAAUAAAGCUAAACUAGCAAUUUGGGACACAGCAGGACAGGAACGGUUUAGAACACUGACUCCUAGCUACUACAGGGGAGCACAAGGAGUUAUUUUAGUUUAUGAUACAAGUAGCAGAGAAACAUUUGAUAAACUUGAAGAAUGGCUCAAUGAAAUAGAAAUGUAUUCGACAAAAAAAGACAUC